AGGUUGGGGUGAGGAGGAGGAGGAUGAGGAGGAGGAUGUUGUUGUUAGCCUCAGCGAUGGAGGAGAACAUGCAGUAGCUGCACACACAGUUGGAUGUUAUAAAGUAAUGGGCUGAUUUCCACUUGUGUUCAAGAUGGCGAAAGACAGAAAGUGCAUCCUCUGUGAAACAGUCCACACCUCCAAACAGGAGAUGGAUGAGCACAUGAGGAGUAUGCUGCACCACCGCGAGCUGGAGAAGCUCAAAGGCCGGGACUGCGGACACGAGUGCAGAGUGUGCAAGGUGACUGUGGUGAGCCUGACUGAUUAUGCCAGCCACAUUUCCAGUCCCACGCACAAGCAGAAUGUGGAGGCUGUGGAGCAGAAGAAUGCUGGGAACGACCGGGACGAGGACUACUUCGACCAGGCUUUGGUGGACCUGAUCGAGAAGAGAAAAGAACAGAUCAGAAAAGAGAAGGAGGCCGCUGCUGCAAAGCUGGCAAGAGAAGAAGAGGAUCGUCGGAGAAAGGAGGAGUUUCAGCAGAGGUUAAAGGACGCUAAGGAGCGUUACCGGCUGGAAUGUGCCUGGAAGCAGCAGUCGCAGGGGUUCGGUGGAUUCAAUCACCACAGAACUUGGUACAGGAGCAACCAGUAUAAUACCAAUGCAGAGGAGGCACAACCCUGGCAGCACAGUAGACAGGGAAAGAGCGCCACGUGGCACGCUCAGGAGCCUCCCAACCUCCAGAAAUGGGCGUCUGGAGAGAUCGCUGGUGGAAGCUUGCACAGCCAGGAAGGUUUGGGCAACAAGCAGUGGGAUCAGGGUGCGUUUUCUGGUAAUCAGCGAAGUCGACUGCCUUGGCUCAGCAAUGGAGGCAGCAGUAAUGGAGUCUACGGUCGGAACAAUAUCUCCCAGAGCCCACAAAGGGGCCGACCCUUGAGCCUUUUGGGGUCGUAUCCGCCUCCACCUAGUUUUUUUGCCCGGGCUCUGAACCAGUUUCAGAAUCCAAGCAGUGACCAGGGCGGUCAGCAGGGUGAUAGGCGUCAGAAUGGGGAGGGACAAACAGCAGAACCUGAUAACAACAGUAGUAAGUGCUCCAAGCCGUUUGGUAGUAAUCCAAAGCUGGACAAAGCCUGUCGCUGGUCGCCCUAUCCGGUCACAAAGGGGUUUGAAUCUGUUCCCCAUAAAGAUCUCAACCCAAACCCAUCAGAGAAGUACCCCAAAGUCCCCAAAGGUCAAGACAAUGCCUGGGAAACCAGUGCUGUUAACAGACAGUCCAGACCUGAACAGAAACGAGGGCAGCUCACAGCGAGUGGACAAAGUGUUGAAGAGAAAGGGAGACAUAAAACAAACCCCAAAACCAAACCCAGAGAUCAGAGCAGCAGCAGCAGCAGUAGAAGCAGCAGUGCACAGAGAGAUGGCCACCAGAACGCCGCAUCUGCUCCCUCCAAUCAAAAGGCAAAUAAGCCGUCGCUACAUAAAGAUUGGAAGAUGUCCUCACUUCCUGGUCUCAGCAGUGCUCAACUCAGCAAGGCCUCCAGUCAAGCACAAUCAAAAUCAGCUCCAAAGCAGAGUGGACUCAGUUCCCAGCUGUCGGCUGUCGGGCCACUUCAGUCGAGGCAAGAACGGCAGCUCCAGGAAACGUUCAGGAAAGCCCGACAGGCUGUGUUAGAAAAGAGGAGCUCGUUGGAUAGUUUGAGAAACAAAAGUAUGGAGAUGACGCUGCACAUCGUGGAGGAGCAGCAGAGGGAUCAGAGUCAGGUUGGAGUGAACAAAGAAAACAGGCAGAACGCAGCUAAACCAAAUCUGCCUGAUUUAGUCAGACCAGAAAAGCAAUCAUCAGACAGCAGCCAGUUUCUCCAAUCAUUGCAAGUGAGCACCUCUACAAUGGAGAGCUCAGAGCCUGCAGCCUUGAGCCGGGAAGAUGAAGAGGGUCAGAGGAGAGCGGAGAAGGAAACGUGCCCUGUGGCCGCCGAUGAAGCCAUGCAGGCUGUAGAAGCAGGGCAGAGCUCAGAGAGCGACACCUCCAGAAGUGGUGAAGCUCAGACGGUCUCGGGUUCAAACACGUCAAGUCUGUCUAAACUUGAUCUGCCUCCCGUCCUGAAACGUGACCUGACCAAACACAUCAGCUCCAAGAGCAAAACCGGUGGCCACGAGCCCAACCUGAACAUUGCCAGACGGGUGCGAAACCUGAGCGAGUCGCGAAGGAGUGACACAGAAAAGGACUCGGGGCUCAAACCGACUGUGCGUCAGCUCAUCAGCUCAUCUGGGUCUCGCCGCAAUGUGAACUGGGAACAGGUGUACCAGGAGGUCAGGAAGAAGCAAGACAAAGGGAAAGGCAUGCCAAGGUUUGGGAUAGAAAUGGUGCCGAUCGACCAGGAGGACCAGAGCCAGGAGGAGGACGACAUUCCCCUCCUUGAGGGUUUCCAGUGGGAGUCGUUGACGGACAUCUCUGCCUCCCGUAAACGCUCCUUAUCAGAGAGCAGCGUCGCCCCUGCAUCCUCUCACUCCCUGUUUAGAUCCUUCAUGUCAAAGGAGACGCCGCAGAGGGACGCCCUCAGCUCAGAGCAGCAGGGAUCCUCUGUUUCUCCUGACACCAUGUCCACUCAAGGGAACAAAGACAGUCAGCGUCAGCAAGAGGUGGAGCAGAUGCUCGGUCAGCUUGAAACUAAAGCACAGAAGCAGCCAGAGAAGUUAACGUCAGCGACAGUGAAGGCCCUGCAGCGGUCUGAUUCGGUGCUCGGGGACAGCAGUUCGGGGACAGAGAUGUACGACGGCCAGGGGACAGGAAAGAGGCGAAGAGCUGCUGGGGACGUUCCAAGUGCAGAGACGUCUUGUUUGGAACACAAUAACAAAAGGAGGAAAGUCAAAUCCAAAAAGGAGCGGUUACAGAUCGACCAGCUGCUGGCUGUGUCUCUGCGGGAGGAAGAGCUGAGUCGCUCCCUGCAGACUGUGGACAGCAGCCUGAUCCAGGCCCGUGCUGCGCUGGAGGCUGCCUACCUGGAGGUGCAGCGUCUCAUGGUGCUCAAACAGCAGAUGACCGGAGAGAUGAGCACGCUGAGAAACAAGCGCAUUGAGUUACUAAAAGGGAUGCAAGCAGGUAGUAUGGAUGAAGCACCUCCAUUCAAACUGAAAGAAGAAAAGAUGGAUACAAUAGAAGCUGAGUCGUACAUGCCCUCCUCCGUUCUGCUCUCCCCUGUCACUGACCCCGCUGUUCCUGCUUCUCCUGCUGCUGCUCCUCCUGCUGCUGCUGCCGCUGCUGCCCUGAGUCCAGGUCUUCCUGCGGAGCGCGCCUCUCCUCCCUCCCCUCCCUCCUCCAGCCUUCCCUUCAUGCCUAUAGUCAUCAAGCAGGAGCCUCAGUCUCCUGUCCACGUCAGCUCAGAGAUGGAUCCUGUGGACAGUAUAACCCACUGUGCUCACAGCACCACUCCAGAGCUGCCUGCUGCUCCUGCUGCAGCCUCUCCACCAGAUCCUGUACUUAAUUUCCAGCCGUCUCCUGACAGAAAGUCGGAGCCGUACCAAACUAACACAGAACAUAACUGGGAGAACUUUAACGAGCCUGCAGACAGCAAAGAGAGUUUGUCAGGACUGGUCGAGUCGACAGAAAAGGCCAUACAGGCAACAAGGAGCUGCCUCGCCUCUUUGCCCGACUUCAAACCUCCUGUGAAGCUUCUCUCACCCAGCAGGGGGGGCUCUGAGGUGGGCAGUGUUGGUGACUGUGCAGCCUUUGAGCCUCCGUCGCUCCUCAAUGCGCCCACCUCUCCAUCUGAACGUGGGAAGCGCGUGAGGAAGCUGAAGAAGAGGAAGGUGCUGAAGAAGGCCCAAGGGACGGAGCAACCUGAGAGCAGCGACACCGAGAUAGACGGAGAGGCCUUGAGGCCGAGGUGGCUUCGACCUCGCAGGAGACCCAGUGGAAGCUCUCAGGUCAGCACCUCCACUCCGCCCUUAGAGGAAAGAGAGGGUGACGUGAACAUGGAGGGCGGCGAGGAGGCCUCUGAGAGGCUGUUUGCAGACAUCAAACCUGAGACAGAGGAUUCCAAGUCCCCCAAACACAUGGUGGAGCUCCCCCAGGUGGCCCCUGCUGAACCUACAGUGAACUUGGAUUCAGAGGAGAGCAUGGAGGUCACCGCACCCUGUCAGCAGCCCCACACAGACGCCCUGGUUCCAGCUUCCCCUCCGGCCCAGGUCCCUGACUCCUCCAGACCUGAACCACAGAGCCUGGCCUGCAACGAGGUCACCUCCACCAGUGACAUGGACGUGUGUCGAUCCUCAGAGAGUGACAUGCCGUUCCCCAUCACAUUGCCCAAGACAGUGAAGACCUCAUCAGAUGCGUGCUCUGACCACGGUGAGGAUGAUUUACCCACCGAGGGUGUGUUCGAGGGCCAUCAGGAGGCGGUGAACGCCAUGCAGAUCUACAAUGGGCUGCUGUACACGUGUUCAGGAGACCGCACCGUCAGAGCCUUUGACCUGGUGAGCCAUAAAUGUGUCGGUGUGUUUGAGGGUCACAGCUCCAAAGUGAGCUGCCUGCUGGUGUCCACGGCUCCCAGUCUGCAUCAUCGCCUUUAUUCUGGUUCCAGUGACCAGACCAUCUGCUGCUACAGCCUCAAGACACGAGAGCUGGAGCAGCAGUUCUCUCUGUCAGACCGAGUCCUCUGCCUCCACAGUCGGUGGAAGAUUUUAUAUGCUGGUCUGGCAAACGGCACAGUGGUGACCUUUAACCUCAAGACAAACAAGCAGAUGGACGUGUUCGAGUGUCACGGGCCGCGAGCUGUGAGCUGUCUGGCCUCGUCGCAGGAGGGAGCCCGGAGGAUCCUGCUGGUCGGCUCCUACGACAGCACCAUCAGUGUGAGGGACGCCAAGAGCGGCCUGCUGCUGCGCACGCUGGAGGGACACACCAAAACUGUCCUCUGCAUGAAGGUGGUCAAUGACCUGGUGUUCAGUGGCUCCAGUGAUCAGUGUGUCUACGCACACAACAUCCAUACCGGAGAGCUGGUGCGGGUCUAUAAGGGCCACAGUCACGCUGUCACUGUCGUGUCCGUCCUGGGGAAGGUGAUGGUGACGGCUUGUCUGGACAAACUGGUCCGCGUCUACGAUCUACAGUCUCACGACCAGCUGCAGGUUUAUGGGGGACACAAGGACAUGGUGAUGUGUAUGGCUAUCCACAAGAACAUGAUCUACACAGGUUGUUACGACGGCAGCGUGGAGGCCGUCAAGCUGAACCUGAUGCAGAACUAUCGCUGCUGGUGGCACGGCUGUUCGCUGGUGUUCGGGAUGAUGGAGCAUCUGCAGCAGCACCUGAUCAACGACCACACCAGUACCAACUCCCAGACGCUUAAAUGCCGCUGGAAAAACUGUGAAGAGUUUUUCUGUGCACGCAACAGCUCCAAGCAGGGGAUGCUGGUGCACAUGAGGAAACACACUGAGGAGGAGAUUGAACUGGAGCCUUAAGGGCUGGUGGUGGGAACGCCGUUUCUCCCCGAGCCCUCCUCCCUGUCCUGCUUCCUUUAACCCCCCUCCCCACUGUUAACCUCCCAUAUUGGGGGGGAUGUUCUUGGGACCCACUUCUUUCAGCAGCGCUCCUGUCGAGCCUGACGAGUGGCGUCUGAUGACUCCAUCCUUUAUGUUCCGUGUUGGAAUCCAACCAUAAUACAAUCAUUAAUGGAGGGUUGGUUGUGCUGUCAUUUCUUUUUUUACGCUCUACAGAAACACGCCUUCCUCUCUCUCUGUCUGUCCGUCUGACCACUGCAGUUCCUCUUUUCACUGACCAAAGUACGACACACACGUGACUUUUUGUUUAUUGAAGAAGCUUCAGCGUUGCCGGUAUCAGAGGGCUUUGUUCCGCUUUUCUGUCCAAACUGCAACAGAUCCCGAUAAUCGUCUUCCAGACUGGUCGGCGACAGUAUGGCAUGGGCUCAGAGAUGUUUUUAUUGUUGUUGUGCAGUUGUGAUGUGUCAUGCUGAGCAACCUGUUUAUUCAUUAUUCAGUCAAAGUUAACUUUUUGUUUCUGACGGGGACGAGUGAUUUAAAGUCUCCCAGCAGCGUUUUAGUUCGACGGUGUGGUUAUUUGUUUUGAAGACAUUGAAGUGACACAAAUUCAUUUAUUUUCAGUUUGAAUUUUUUUUUCUUUGUUUCAGUAAAAACAAAUUUUAACAUUUUUUUUGUUUUGUUUUGUUUGGAAAUUAGGAUCUUUUUUUUUUUUUUGUCUGUGGUUGUUGCUCAGUGAUAAUAAGGCAUUGAGGGACUUUGGUGCAGUGUGUGUGACUCGGCCUGAAGUUGCCAUUUAAGAAUUUACAUUUGCAGUGAUAACAGAUCCAAGACGUGGUGGUGACGGUGGUGUGUUCGUUCCUACAUGUGUUUAUCUGUGUGGGUUUAUUCUUCCUGACAGUCGAGUGGUUUAACCCUGUUUUCCAUGAGUGACAUAAUGUUUUUAUGACACAGUGAUGUUUUUUUUUUUGGGGAAUAUAAAAAUAUUUGGAGCAUCGAGCAGAAGGCAGAGGUAUUUUCCACAGUGCAGAUCGUUUUCUAAAGAAGUGUGGAGGUGAAGGAUGUUUCGAGGAGGUGUUCGAUGGAGGAGCGUGAAGGGAAGAAUUAGGAUUCAUCUCCCAUGCCAUAACCUCAAGUUUGUAACAUAAUACCACUUUUUUAAAAAGGCAUAUUCAACCCGUUUUAAGCCCACGCUCUCUUCGGCAGACUUUGGUGUGUGGUUACAGCUCUCGUGGUAGCUGAGGGGUUAAUGUGACGUUCUCACAGCCGCCAUCUUCCAAACUCGCCUCAUGCGCUCGUCAUUUAUGUCUGAGAAAAGCGUGCAGCUCACCUCUUACCUGGCAUUCCUGAGUUUCUUCAAGUUUUUCAGUUGUUGUCAAAGUUAUGAAGAGAUAUUUUUUAAGAAAGUGCAAUCUAAAACAUUGUUAUUAAUAAUAAUAAAAAAAUGGUGCAACAUCAUUAAACAGUUGUCUGUG